AUGUGCGACAAGUGCGAACUGUCACGCACGGUCUUCAAGCUGCCCAAGACCGGCCCAGCCAACGGCCUCUCUCUCGGCUCGGUGGAGGCUAAGUUGGCAAUCAGCACGAAGAGACCGGCACAAUGCGAAUCGGCCCCCGGGUCCGAGGCCGCAACGGCACACGGUGGCGCCAAGAAGGUGCAGUAUUCGAUCGAAUCCAUCAAGAACACCAACAAGGGUAGCGGUGCCUCGCGCUCACCGAACCACGUCGAGGCGUGCCCGGGACUGCCUCUCCGACUGCAAGUCAAUAGAAGCAGCGACGACGAAGAGGUCGACAAGAGCGAGGAGUUGUCGGACAUCAUCAACUUCUUGAUCGAGACCGACCCCAGGAGGAGUCGGGAGAGCUGCGGAGUUCUCGACGUAUCUUCCGACGACACCGAGCGAUCUUUCUCUCCGCCCGUGCGCCUUUGCGAAAAAGAGCGGGACCAAGCCUGCCCUUUACCGCCGAACGUCAAGACAGACGCGGAAGCCGCCAGUUCAACUCCGCGCUCAACAGAGCGUGCUGAAACUUCGCCGCUCAGCAUCGUUCUACCGGCACCCGACAUUUACGGCUUCAAUUAUCAGCCCGACUACGCCUUCCGCAGAGUCGCGAGCACCCCUAGUCAAGUAAAAGCAACGUCUGCGGAUGCCAAGGGCGAAUUUGAAGUCUCGUUGCGCCUGGUGGGUACAACGCAGGACGCCGAGAUGAGCGAAACUCGCGGCUCCGAAGGAACUGGCGACAUCCCGGUGAACGGGAGCGACCCGCACAGUUUUGAGGCCGCCGAUAAGUGUCAAGUGCCAAGCGCCGCCGAGGCGGAAAUUCGUGAAAAAACAGCCGCAGCGUCACCUCCCGUAAACAACGAUGUCACCGAAAAGAGCGAUAUCGCGAACAAAGGGUGCGCCUUAAGUGACGGCUUAAUAGUAAAGUCCGAUGGUGAUAUCUCCCAAGAAGACGCGUCCGAUAGCCGUCCUGUUGCCGACUCGGCUGUCGUCCGUGGUGGGCCAGUGGAGAGUGCGAAUUGUGAUGACGGGUGCGCCGCCGAUAACGGCACGGCUGCUCUAGACUCGCCCGCUUAUCCGGAUGCAAGGCCACCUUGUGCGGAGGAAGAUAGCCCCGCCGGCCGCAACGGCAGUCGUAACGACGGCGACGCAGACCGUGGCAGCUGCGCUCCGAAAGAGCGGGAACUGCGUACUCCGGCCAAACCGGCUGUUUCGCCAGCUCCGAAUGCGUCUUCCGAGUCGGGUGCGAGUGAACCGCGUCAAGCCGAGCUCGAAGACGUCAAGAAAGGAUCACUGGCAUCGCCCUCGGCAAAGGCCUGUGACGACGUUGACAUCGACGUGGUUUCAGCGCCGCAGGAGUGCUCUGAGCUAACGUUGCCAGAUGACCACAAGAAAGCAUGUGACAGUGACGCUGAGUCUGACAGUACGGAAGCGCUGCAGUGGUCUCCGGGCCGGGCCUCGCGUUCAAAUAGCGCGGAGUACACGCGAGAGGGGUGCGGUGCGACUGUGGACGCCGCCGGCGACGAGGCGUCUGACAACGUGGUCGCUUCCGCAGCGGGUUCAAGCAGUGAUCCGGUCGUGGAAGUCAAGCAAGAGGAUGCCUCUUCGCUGCUGAACGGCACGGAUGAUCUGGAAUGCAGUGAGCAGAACGAGGAGUCAAUCGCGUCAGCAUGCACCCGCGCUCUGUCUCCCUCUGACCGUGGCUUAGACAAUCUCAUCAGCGUGUUCACCACAGUCGAAGAGGGCAAGAUUGUCAGCGUUGACUGCAAGAAGUUCCGCAAGAGGGGCCGUCCUGUGGGAGCGAAGAGAAGGAACGCACUCAAGCGAGCACAAAUGGCCUCCAUCGACAUGGCGCCGCCAGACGACGUCGAGUUCACGGUCAAGCAAUUGCUGCGUGACGUCGUUGAUGGAAUCGCGAUUACUGGCGGCGAGGUACCAUCUAAGCUGUCGGAAGCCAACUUGAAGGACGUUAUAAGCAGCUUCUGCGAGUCCAACGGCUUUAGUCGCCAAGAUUUUGCUGGGGACGAUGAGGAGAUCUGUUUCGGCAGCGUGCUCCGCGAUGACCACUCUGACGCAACCGGAGGAGCUGUCAAGAGACGACGUCGCGGGAGUUCCGACCACGGUUCCUCCUCGGAACAGGGUUCGCAAACUCCCAGGUCCGGAGGCAACGGCCCUACUUCCAAGCGUUACAAGAAGCGCGAGACGGUGCCCACUAAGCGGAUGCUCACCAGGAGUCAGUGGCGGCGCUCCUGCUACCAGAAGGAGCAGCAGCAGGACGGUGCCGCCACCGACCAUCCGGACAACGGGCUACUCGUGCUGCGGGACGGUGCCGAGUCGCUUCCGGACGCAAAGCGUCGGCGGCGGUCCGUCGAUCUCGCGUCAGACAUGGACAGUUCAAACACGGAAUCGUCCGCAGACGUCCCCAGCUUGGCGUGUGGUGCUUCUCAGGACAUGGACCUGUCGCUGCCUGCCGACGAGGCGGCAUCGUCCGGUGCCGCUGACGAACUUCGAGCGAACCCCGGUGGAAGUGAUGCCGUGAAAUGUGAUGGUGAACCGCGUGUACUUAUGGGGGCAAGAGUUUGCUCCGCGCCGGUAAAUUCCAGUAUUUAUUUAUCAUCCUCCGAACCGCCCAAACUGGGAUAUAUGGAGCCGAGUGUGACGACGGCGCCCCGCGAACUUAGCCCCUUAGCGAGUGCGCGAGCCGGAGGAGGCUGUGUUAGUGACUGUGAAAAAGUGUCUGUGCCACGCGAUGCCCUAGAGUCUGGUGCCCGUGGUCGUAGUCAUUCGCAAGGACGACGAAAGCAGCAGUCGCCUCAGUACGGCUUCGUUGGUGAACGUGCUUGUGCUGGUGGUGGUGAUCACGACGAGAACGACGAUGACGGCGAGUCGCAACUGGUGAUCUGUGAUACGGACGAUUCGUGCCCCGACGCGCCGCCGUCUGGCGCGUCAAGUGCGCGAGGCGACAGUGCUGCAGACAAGGUGCGCGCAGCCUCGCACGCGGGCGAGGUGGACGCCUAUUCCGGUGUGCGUGAGUCGCGUCAACGGCGGUCGCCCCAUCGUCGUUUGCGCGGUGCCUCUCCGGCUGCGAACACGACGCAGCAGCGCCUUGGUGGUGGUGGUGCAGAGUGCGAGUCCGGGAAGGCGGCCGUUGAUACUGGUGUCGUUUGUAUUGAUGACGACGAAGGGGACAACAUAAGGACACCAGAGGCAACCGUCGGCGCUGCCGGCGUCGCCGCGGAAGGCUCCUCUCGAGCAGUGUUCGAGGUUCUUCGGCAGCUCCGAACCCUUCCGACAGAUCCGGCGCCCCUGGUGAGGGCGUCCAUCCGGCGACCACGUCCCCUUCCGGAGCUACUAAUCGAAAAAACGGCAUCUUCAUCGUCUGGCCACCAUGUGCCGGGGUCGUCGUCAUCGUCGCUGUACCCGUGGCCGGCAUCGCUGUCCACGCCGCCUUCCGGAACCGAGUCUCCGGACGUUGUCGUGGUCAAGGAGGAGCCCAACGACCUGUCUGUCUCUGGCCGGACGGCAAACCUCCCACAGCAGCAGCAUCACCAGUCGGGCUUGGAACCGCUCGAUUUAUCGGUGAAAGAGCAAUCGUUUCGAGCGAAAGCGGACAUUCCUGUGGGCAAGGUGCAACCGCAAAUGGCCACUACUAGUCAGUCUGCGUCACAGGAGGCGACGGCCAACUCUCCCAUUAACUACUCAUCAUCGGCUCGACACGUCGCGCCGCCACACGCUGAGGAAGACACCCGCUCCAAGGAACGCGAAAGGCGCGGAGCCCACGGCUCCGACAGCAAUUCCAGCAACGGAUCCCAAGGCGGCGCGGGUACCUCAAGCACCUCCGAGCCGCCCUCGGACUCUAUUCUGCAGCGUCUGCUGCUGGACCCUAGUCGAAAACCAAAGGAAAGCGAUUCUAGCGCCGCCUCAUCUCCCGUCCAGGUCAUUCUUGAGUCACGCAAUGCCCGCGGCUCGGCCGAACCGACCAAAGACUCUGCCAAACGAGGACGCGACGCGGACAUCGUCAAUGAAGCCAAGUCUCUCCUGAACGCACGCCUCACGGCGAGGCAUCAGGAACAGCAGCUGCAACAGCAUCACCACCUACAGCAGCAGCAACAACUACAGCAGCAGCAUCAACAGCAACAACAGUCACCAUUGGGCAAGACGUCUAACAUGGCUUCCGUGCCGCCCAUGAGCUUUCCGGAAAACAACCUCGGCAUGAGUACGCUCGAGUCGAAGAUAGUGGAGCUCAAAAAGCAGAUCCACCAUCUCACCAUCUUGGCCACGUACAAGGAGAAAGAGCUUGCGUGCAUCAGCAGCUUGCGGACAGCCAAAGAAGAUGCCCUAAAGCAACUCGAGAGCAAGUAUCCGGGAAUAUGCUCCGUCAUCAGUGCUUUCGGUACCGAGUCCGGCUCUGGCGAAUCCAGUGAUAGCCCGGGUUUCACGGACGUGCCGAGCAUCGUGGCGCAGGCUGCCACCGCUACCGCGGAUCUGACAUCGAUGGGUGUCAGCUUGCCGACCGAGACCGAUUCGCAUCUUCUUAAGAAGCCGGCCGUGCAGUCGCAGCAGCAGACGCAGCAUUCCCCUGCUUUGCCCAUCCCUCUCCUCGCCGGUACCCCGGCGCCUCAUCGCCUACGGGCAAACUCAGCCUCCGAGCGCGACUCUCCCGGCCGAGGUCUCAUGCCGUAUGACAGAAACGGUGCCGCAUCAGGUGCGCCUCCUUCGGCGUCUACGGCGCGCUCCUCAGUCUCACCUCGUGGCGGCGACAACAGACCGCCGAGGCCUGUGCCAUCAGCGGUACCUUCCAAAUCAGCCUUCAGCGUCCCGUCGGCAUCAUCAUCGUCGUCGUCGUCCUCUUCCUCAUCCUCCUCAACUGCUGCCGCUGCCGCUGCGGCUGCUGCCUCGAGUCAGAGGGCCCCCAGGCUGUUGCUUCCCAAAGGGCCAAUGCCUUCUGCGACUCCGAAUGCCGCUGUUCCGGUUGCUCAAACGCCCACAUCACGGGGACUUAGCAGCAUGGUUUCCCCAUCCGCCGCCGCUGCUGCAGCCGCUGUGUCGAGCUGGUGGAACGCUCCGAAUGGUGCGCCUCUUUCCUUGACAGCCGGCCUACCUCAUCACCUGCAGCGCGACGCCCUACGGGAAUACGCUUCGUCCUCAUCGACUGCUGCGCUCCUUAAGGCCGCUUCUGUGCCCAGUUCCCUCACCAAGUCGCACAGCAGCGCCGCCGGAAGCAUAUCAUCUCUGUCAAGGUCCGACACGUUGGCUGGCCUAGCCAGCGAUAUGUCAAGAACCGCUCACCACCGGCGUCUCGCCGAAGCGGCAGCGGCGUCGAGGCCAGAGGACACCAGGGACGUGGCUGCCGAAUUGGCCCGACAACAGGAGGAAUUUAAUUUAGCCCUCGGGUCUGGCGGAUCGCUCGCCGGCGUCAACGCAGCUGCUGCGGCGGCGGCUGCCGCGGCUGCUGGCGCGUACCCAUUGGGCCGUGCCGGUCUAUCUGCUGCCGCCAGCAUGUACAACCAGGCCAUGGCGUACAGCUUGUACCAGCAGCUUCGCGUCAACAAGGAGGCCGCGCUAGCGCAGGCCGAGGCGUCCGCGCUCCUUGAGAAGAUGAAGCAGCAGAACAUGCCUAGUCAGCAGCAGCAGCAGCAGCAGCAGCAGCAGCAGCAACAACAACAGCAACAGCAGCAGCAGCUAUACCAGAAAGCGCUGCUCGAGCAAGCCACCAAAAACAGGCCCACUGCCUGGGAGCACAUCAGUCACCUACUGCAGAAGGAGAGUCCGGCCAACAUGCAGGCAGGCCUGCCCACCGAGCUGCUCUCGCUUCAACCAAAGCUUUCGGCGCCCGAGAUGUCCUGGCUCCAAGCGGGGCUGGUCUGCGUCAACUGCGGGGACCCGCGAGUCAAGUUUGUCUGCAGCUGCUGCAGGACGCAGACCUUCUGCAGCGAGCAGUGUCAGGCGAAGCUCUGGAGCAAGUUGAAGACACAACCUUCUUCGAAGAAUUGAAGGGUUCACCAGAAGAAAGGGCUUUCGUUCAGCUUAAUUAUCACUGUUUUUGUUGUUUUGUCCUUUUUUUCUCUCUUUCAUUCUCUUGUGACUCGGGGAAGUUUUUUUUUUUUUCUCGGCAACGCGUGUCGCUCAUCUGUCUUUCAUAUUUUUUGAUGGACGAGCUCAUUUUGUACGAUACCACAUUUCUGGCACCUGUCUAUAGGUGGGCUCAUUGUUUUCUCUCUCUUUCUCCUUUUUCUCCAAAUUUCCUAAUAAAGUUAAGUUUUCGCAGCAUGGGCUGCUGUA